CAUUCUUCGAGACCCUCCACGGAAUGAAAGAGCUUCAACUUGGCGUGCUUAAGGGCUAUGACAAGGAUAUCUUCCGAGCAUAUGCUCCGGAUGUCAAGUCGUUCAUGGAGGCCAAGGAAGUACCCAAUCAUGUUACCGUGUGUGUCGACAAGAUCCGCCACCCAGGCGUUUCUAGCAACCAGCGCGAAGUAGAUCUGAUGAAGAGCCUGCUUCCAGAGAGCGAGUGGAAGAACAUCAAGAUUACCAUCAUCUCGCCAUCAUGGUAUCACUUCCGCUACAUGAACGGGAGGAGCUUUCCCAAGGAGGUGUACGCAAACGAUGAGGAGUAUUUCGAGGACUGGUCGCAAAGGCUUACCAGGAGGAGCUGAAGAUUCUGCACUCUCUGGGCAUUAGGAACAUCCAGAUCGAUGACCCGAACCUGGCAUACUUCUGCUCGCAAGACAUGUUGGAGGGUUGGUCCGCCGACAAGACGAACGACAAGGACCGCCGACGAGAUGUUCGACUCGUACGUCAAGUUCUACAACAAGUGCUUCGAGCGCCCCGCAGACAUGCACCUUGGUAUCCAUCUCUGCCGUGGCAACUACGUUGGAAGCCGUCACUUCUCGGAGGGCGCGUACGACAACAUCGCGAAGAAGCUGUUCCAGGACCUGAACGUCGACACAUACUACCUCGAGUAUGACACACCCCGCGCUGGUGGUUUCGAGCCUCUCGAACACUUGCCAAAGAACAAGAAUGUCGUUCUUGGUGUGAUUACAUCGAAGUUCCCCAAGCUCGAGGACAAGGAUGAGAUGAUUGCACGUGUAAACCAGGCUGCCGAUUGGAUCGCGAAGGGCACCGGCCAGUCGCGCGAGGACGCGAUCAAGCAGUGUUGCGUCAGCCCACAGUGCGGUUUCGCAUCGCAUGCCGAGGGUAACGACCUUGGAUACGAGGACAUGAGGAAGAAGCUACAGCUGGUGAGGAGUAUCGCGGACGCGGUGUGGCCAGGUGAGCCAUAGAUUUGCAAGGGAUUGCGGAGUUUCAGGGCGAGAGAUAUGUGCGAGAUCACGGUUGAUUCAACCUAUUGGAGCAUCGGGAGGCGCUGAGAUGAUAAAAAUGCCUAUUCAACACGGCGUUUGUACAGAGGAGGCGGCUGUAUAAGAUAACGAGCCUUGUUCUCGAAAAGUGCUUCAAGGCUACGAAGCCAAAUAAACGAAAUACAGGAGC